AUGGGCCAGACACUCUCUGAGCCCGUUGUCGAGAAGAACUCAGAACAUGGCGGCGAUGAGCGGCUGCUCUAUGGCCUGUCGGCCAUGCAGGGCUGGCGCAUAAGCAUGGAAGAUGCCCAUACCGCCGUGCUCGACCUGCUCAAGGACGAUCCGAAACAGGCCGCCCAGCACCCCUCCAAGAUUUCCUUCUUUGGCGUCUUUGACGGCCAUGGCGGCGAUAAAGUCGCCUUAUAUGCUGGCGAGAACAUCUACCGUAUCGUUGCAAAACAAGAGUCUUUCAAGGCUGGCAACUAUGAACAGGCGCUCAAGGACGGUUUCCUGGCGACAGAUAGGGCCAUCCUGAAUGACCCCAAGUAUGAAGAGGAAGUUUCCGGCUGCACUGCCUGCGUCGGCCUGAUUACCGAUGACAAGAUCUACAUUGCCAAUGCUGGCGACUCGAGAAGCGUGCUGGGCGUCAAGGGCCGAGCGAAACCGCUGUCGUUUGACCACAAGCCGCAGAAUGAAGGCGAGAAGGCGCGUAUUACUGCUGCCGGUGGCUUCGUCGAUUUUGGCCGCGUCAACGGCAACCUGGCUCUAUCACGGGCCAUUGGCGACUUUGAGUUCAAGAAGAGCGCCGACCUUGCGCCGGAGCAGCAAAUUGUAACUGCCUAUCCUGAUGUUGUGGUCCAUGAUCUCUCUGACGACGAUGAAUUCCUCGUCAUCGCUUGCGACGGUAUCUGGGACUGCCAGUCCUCGCAGGCCGUGAUUGAAUUUGUCAGGCGCGGUAUCGCUGCCAGACAGGAGCUCGACAAGAUUUGCGAGAACCUGAUGGACAACUGCCUAGCCUCCAACUCGGAGACUGGCGGUGUCGGCUGCGAUAACAUGACCAUGAUCAUCGUUGGCUUCUUGCGCGGCCGGACUAAGGAAGAGUGGUACGACGAGAUUGCCAGACGAGUCGCCAACGGCGAUGGUCCGUGUGCUCCUCCUGAGUAUGCCGAGUUCCGUGGUCCUGGCGUCCACCACAACUUUGACGACAGCGACAACGAUUACAAUGACAACAAGCAGAGUAAGGCCUUUGGUCUUGCCGGCUACCGCGGCCGCAUCAUCUUCCUCGGCGACGGCACCGAGGUGCUGACCGAUUCUGACGACACAGAGAUGUUCGACAACGCUGAGGAGGACAAAGACCUCGCCAGCCAGGUGUCGAGAUCUAGCAGUACUACGACCAUCGCCGCGACCUCAUCGACCACCGAAGAGGACAAGAAGGAGGAGACAAAGGGGGAGAGCGGAAGCUGCGAUAAGAAGGCUGAGGAGCAGACCCAGCAGAAGCAGGCUUAA